AUGUUACGCUGUGAUGCUGUUGCUGCACUGCCAGGGGAGGCAGUGAGUGUGGCCGAUUCGCCCUCAGAUACCUCGAUGUUGGAUGAAACAGUGCCGCCAGGCGAUGCUGGGGAGCUUGCUGCACAGCUGGACGAAGAUUCGCUGGACGCGACUCUGCCGCCGCCGAGUCCGCUUGCUGCCGUUGCAGUGGAGCAGGAUUCGAUGGAAAGCUCAGAUUCAGUGGUGCUACUCAACAAGACCAUGUUUCCCGCGGCACGCUUCGACACCGGGAAGUCCGCUUUUUCAGAUGAUCUGUUUGAGUCCGAGGAAAAUUCAGCGCCGGUUGACGGGGCAACUUUUCUGGAUGUCACAGCGCCGCCUGUGGACGAGGGCAGUCGCGAAACGUCACCAGAGAUUGUCGUUGUUUUGGAGCGUGUUCAGCCGGAGGGCCAGGAUCGAGGUGCGGAAAAUCGAAUCCCCGAAGAACUGCGACGUACCGAUGUUGGUCGGGUAAAGACUUCAAAAAACCCGCAUCCAAAUGACGCAAAAGCUCGGAAGAAAGUCCCGCUCCAUUCAAGGUCACCGCUUGCUCCAACUCAGCCCCCGGCUGCACCCCGAUGGCUCUCCAAAACGAAAUCAUCGUGCCACACUGGGACACUGGAUAGCUGGCUGCAACCAAAUAAACCGCCGACAUCCGAUCCCCACAUUGGUCCUCGUGGAAAAGCUUCUAUUGGCUCCGUUCCACAAGUGAAAGCAUCUAACACCAUUCCUCAAGUGAGUAUACCAGGCAUUGCCCCUGCUGCCCACCAAAAAGUACCACCAAAGGCUGCGCGACCUCGUAAGGGGCGACUUCAGACUGGAACAAAAAAUGCGGUAAAAUCUCAACUGCUCGAUAAUUUCUUGCAAAAAUUCGCUAAAUCCCCUUAUAAUUCACCGAAUUUGUCAGCAUAUGAAUCGCAAACGCUGCCAGAUAGCCAGGACACCGAAACUGUGACCAUUUCGAGCCAGUCUUCGCUGAGUUCUUGUCCAGAUAGCAUAUCGGAGGAGGGUCAGAAGACGCCCGAAUUACAGGAUUCACCAGUGGCGCAGGGGUCGGACAGUGCCAUCUCCGACGAACACUCCUCAAACUCGUCCCAUGGUUCCUUCGUUCUUCCAGUUUCCUCACCGCUGAGUGAGCUGAGGAGCCUGAAGAGGACGAAACAGACGCCACUGUCCCCGGGGCCGACGAGCUUCACCGAAGCGUUAAAUCGAAGCAGUGUGGUGACGAUAUGUCGUAGUCCGUGCAAGCACAAUCGCUCGCUUGUGAAAGCCUUGUCUGCGUCAGCCCUUCUUCACAGUGACCGGAAGCCAGAGGACAGCGAAACGAACAACUCGAGCCCGAACGGGGACCAGGGCACCGGCCGAAAGACCAAGGAGGAACGAAGAAUGCUUCUCGGUUACGAUUGCAAGUGCUGCGCUUCGUACUACGAUGCACUGGGCCUGAAUGACGAGGAACGCAUGCAACGUGUCGACCAAGUAAGCAGUCUUAAUAAAUAG